AUGGAGAUUUACAUAUUUAAAAUUCAAAAUGAAUUAUAUCAUCAGAUUGGUGGUCUAAUGCUAAAAGAUAAUGAUCAAAAACUAACAUUUACUCAGAAUUAUUUUUAUGAUUUAAAUAUGAAUAAUCAAUUUCAAAGAAGACAAAAAAUAUUUUUAGAUUUGAAUGCUGAAAUACUUAAAGAAAUGCAAAUUAAAGAAGAAAUUAUACAAAAUAUUAGCCAUUUUGAAGCAACCCAAUUUUUUAAAAAACUUGAUUUAGAAUCUGUCUUAACAAAAGAUAAAAGUAAAAAUAGAGCGUAUACAUCAGAUAGAGAAGAUAAUAAAGUUAAUUUUAUUAUUCUUGAUGAUGAUAAUAAUAAUGAGAAAAUUAAAUCUGUAGAUAAUGAUGAUUAG